GGCCGGGAGCGGCGGCAGCGCUCGCCCGGCGCCCUCAGCUCCCGGCCUCCGGAGCCCUCGGUUUCGGCUCGCUCUCCCCUUCCCCGGCUCCGAACCAGACACAGCCGCCGCCGCCACCCCGCGCGCUGCCGGCUCUCAGGGACAGCCCGGGCCGGCCACGGGCACCGGCCGUUUCCUGCGUUGGGACUGGAGGGGCUGCAAAGCGGCCACCGACCCGGAGACGCCCUCUGGGGCCCGGCACAGCGCACGGUGAGCGCCCCUUAGGUUCGGGGAGGGGGGGCCCCUUAGGCGCGGGAACCGGCGCACCCCCGGGGUGCCCGAUGGGGCCGCCUGGGGGGCGCAGGGCUGGAGUCGGGUCCAGGCGUAGCCGCCCGCUGCCGCCGAGCCUGACAUGCUGCCUCCAGGGCGCAACGGCUCCGUGCACCCAGCGCGGUUUGGGCGGCAGCAGCAGCUGGCGCAAGCGGGCACAGUGGGGGGCUCGGCGGGGGCGGCGCCUAGGGGGCCCACGCAGGUGGUCACCGCCAGCCUCCUGACCCUGCUCAUCGUCUGGACCCUGCUGGGCAACGUGCUGGUGUGCGCAGCCAUCAUGCGCAGCCGCCACUUGCGCGCCAAGAUGACCAACGUCUUCAUCGUGUCUCUGGCCGUGUCCGACCUCCUUGUGGCGCUGCUGGUCAUGCCGUGGAAGGCGGUCGCCGAGGUGGCCGGUUAUUGGCCCUUCGGGGCAUUCUGUGACGUCUGGGUGGCCUUCGACAUCAUGUGCUCCACCGCCUCCAUCCUGCAUCUGUGUGUCAUCAGCGUAGACCGCUACUGGGCCAUCUCCAGGCCCUUCCGCUAUGAGCGCAAGAUGACGCAGCGCCUGGCCCUGGUCAUGGUGGGCCUGGUGUGGACCUUGUCCGUCGUCAUCUCCUUCCUCCCAGUGCAGCUCAACUGGCACCGGGACAAGGUGGGCUCCUGGGCCAGGGCGCACCUGCCGUCCAGCGCGGCCAACACGACACCCUGGGAGGAGGCAGGGGAGCUGGAGGCGAGGGCGGAGAAGUGCGACUCCAGCCUGAACCGGACUUACGCCAUCUCCUCCUCGCUCAUCAGCUUCUACAUCCCGGUGGCCAUCAUGGUCGUGACCUACACGCGCAUCUACCGCAUCGCGCAGGUGCAGAUCCGCCGGAUCACCUCGCUGGAACGCGCGGCCGAGCACGCGCAGAGCUGUCAGGGCCGCGCGGCCUGCGCGCGGGACACCAGCCUGCGGGCGUCCAUCCGGAAGGAGACCCAGGUGCUCAAGACCCUGUCGGUGAUCAUGGGGGUCUUCGUGUGCUGCUGGUUGCCCUUUUUCAUCCUCAACUGCACGGUUCCGUUCUGCGCCGGUGACCCCGAGGGCCGGCGCGCCAGCUUCCCGUGCGUCAGCGAGACCGCCUUCGACGUCUUCGUGUGGUUGGGCUGGGCCAACUCCUCGCUGAACCCGGUCAUCUACGCCUUCAACGCCGACUUCCGGAGGGUAUUUGCGCAGCUGCUGGGGUGUGGCCACCUCUGCUCGCGCACCGCGGUGGAGACGCUAAACAUCAGCAACCAGCUCCUGUCCUACAACCAAGACACGGCCUUCCCGCAGGAGGUGGCGGCUGCCUCUGUCCACGUGAUCCCCAACGCGGUGAGCCCUGGGGCUGCGGGGGGCGACGAGGAGGAAGAGGAGGAGGAGGAGGAGGGGGAGGAACGCCCCUUCGACCGUGUGUCCCAGACCUCCCAGAGGUCCCCAGAUGGAGACCCGGCUGCCGAGUCAGUGUGGGAGCUGGACUGUGAGGGGGAGAUUUCCUUAGGCAAAAUAACGCCUUGCACCCCCAAUGGAUUCCACUGAACUGCCCAGAAAUGUGCUCGCGCAUCUGCACUAAGUCCACACGCGCGUGUGCGCACACAUGCACACACACACCUCCAGUGCUGCUCGGCUCAUCCCGCGUUUCCGUGUCCUGCGUAGUAGUCCACGUGCUGGGAGACCUUCCCCUGUGAAUUCCUGGUUGGACAUUUGCGGAGGCAGUGGAAUAAAUGCUGUCAAAUACACCCCAGCCUGGCAAAGAUGGACCCGGGGUUCUAUCAAAGAGAAAGCUGCGCUUGGAUUUUUAAAAAUGUGAUCCCCUUUUCUUAAGAAAGAGAAAACCCCUGGCCUCCUCUUUCAAGCAGCGUCUGGAUGGGUGGGGACUUUUCUGUGUCUGGGCUGACUGAACGAAAAGCCGGGUGGGAGGGUGAUGGAGGGGUGGGGCAGCUGUGUGGUGCCCCGGGCUUGUGCCGCUGUCCGCUCUGUGCUGCUGGAUGUCUACGCUCCUGGAGCAGGUCAUCCUGAUUCGCUGGGCUUCUACCAAGCACAGUUAUGCGAGGAUGGGCAAGAUCUUUGCUUUGCUGCACUGGGGUUCAAGGCUGCUCCUGCAGAAACGGCCAGUGCACCCUUAAGAAGCAGAGGAGACGUUUGCUGGACCUGAACGCACACUUUUGUUUCCUUCACUGUUUGACCUUAAAGGAUCACGCAGCGUGUAGGGCCUUGGGAUUUUUCUUGGACACACACAUCUGGAGUGGACGCUGGAAGCUGGUUUUGAGGCCACUGUGAUGGAAAUGAUUUUCUCAAGCCUCCCACUGGAGGUGAGACCUCCUCUCACAGAGGAGGACCCAGGUAUAGGAAGGUUACAUCGUUUGCCCAAGGUCACGAGGCAAGGAGGGGAUGGAACCAGGGCUUCCUGUAAAAAUAAUGUAGCAGGAGACCACCCUUCCGAUUCCUAGAGAUGCUGUUGGUUCAUGGAAAAGGCCUUCUAGAAUAAUGGCACGACCUUGGGAUGUUUUACAGUGACGUGGGUUUGAAACAGAAGCAUCCAUAUGCUUUGGAAAAGAAACCCCACUUUUAAACGGGCGUGACUAUUUGUAGACAAGAGUGGGUAGGCGGAUACAAUGUAACCAAAUGUGGGAGCCAGAGAUGAAACCUGAGUGCAGCUGAGACUGGGAAACCUGUAAGGCAUUGGUCCAGCCGGGGCUGCUUUUAAGCUCUGCAGUGUGUGCAGUGAUGGGAGCGUUUUAUUCCAGUGCCAUUCGAGUUGAGAGCGUCCGGUUACCCUUAGGUCUGAACGCAAACCCUGUUAAUGGAAGCCAGGGAGAUGUGGGUGUGCAGUCGCUAACAACUCCCUGCUCUGAAGCGCUCGUGUCAAGGGCAGUUCAAUCAGGUGCGCCCUCUUUAAGGAUCAUGUUAUUGUCAGUCUUCUGUACCAUGGCUUGCUCAUUGCGAUCCGCGCAGUGCCUGGGACAGAAUGCCUAAUGAAUAUUUGUUGAAUGAAUGACUAUUUUUGGAACAGCGAGAUUGAAAGCAAAUCUUAUUCAGUGCAUUCAUUCUCGUUAUAUGGUUUGGUCAAAUGGAUGGCUGGAAUCGGAGGUCUGUGUUCAGUGCUUGUGCUCUCAUGAACCGGGAACCGACAGCCACACAGACCACGAGGGCGGCGUCGGAGGCAGUGGAGGAAGCUCCGGGACUCAGGGGGUGGCUGUGUGAACUCCGGUGGGCCCAUCAGCCCCUCUGAGCCUCACUUUCUGUCUGCACCUCUGAACUCAGACUUCUGCUGCAUUGCUUUGACCCAGUUGUUCUGUUAAUGGGCAGAGUCCAUGGGGAAGGAAAAUCAGCAAAGCCAGGGCGGACAGCUGACUCCUGUACAGGCUUCUUGGGGGCUUCUUCUGUGGUAGGAGGCCCCCAAAUGGGGCAGCUGCCCUUGGCCUUGAGAAUGCUUGUUUCUGUACUUCCUUUUGCUGUCACUCUGGAGAUCACAGUCACAGAGAAACAGCCUGGGAAAACUCGAAUCUGACUGUCCAGAAGUCUUCCAGAAGGUUCCAGAACCCAGCUGUUCUGGUCUAAAGGACAAGCUGUCCUCAGCAGAGCCGUUCCUGGCAAACUCUGCCAUGAGCCCCACCUGAAAUACUUUCUGUGUUCUGCCAGAUGUGGGAUGGGAGCACUGGGGAACUGUCUCUGUGAAAUAUCACUCAGCACACAUUGCAAUGAUUCACAUCUCCCACGUCCCAGGCCCUGUCCUUGGUGCUGGGAAUACAGUCAUUGAUCCAGUCCUCUGCCAGGCUGGAGCUCCGUGGUAGAGAGAUGAGCCAAGAACCCCAUCAUACUGUCGUGCACAGCACUGUGCUAUGCUAUACACACCAUGAUGUUGGGCCGUCCACCUUGCUGUGAUGCAAAAUAAACCAGAGUGACAGGCUUGGUGAAGCUGCUGUCUUGCUUUGGGUUGGGCAUGG